GGGUUAAAAGACCAAAGCUCGCCGCACUCGGCCACGCUGUACUACCGUCUGACAUUAAAUCAUCUGUCCUUCCAUUGAGGAUCUCCCAGUUAUUCAUCAUGGGCCUCAAUAAUCCCCUCCGCAAGAAGGAAGCGCAAGGGUCGCCUGCCCAGAGCGACACUCUACCCUACCCUGGAUCUGAGAAAUCAGGCUACGACGAAGAGUAUGGGCAGAACACCAACAUCACAACCGGCUGGACAGGCGAUGGCUUCGCUGGCGCCAACGAGUACCCACAGCAACGAGAUGGCCUUGGUGGUGAGGAAUACAGGACGUUGGGACGCUGGCGCGCUUGUGUGAUUUUGAUCACCAUAGAAGUUGGCAUUGGUGUUCUCAGCUUGCCUUCUGCGCUCCAGACGCUUGGUCUCAUUCCCGGUAUCAUUGCUAUCCUCGGUUUCGGCUCCCUCACAACCUACUGCGGCUACAUCAUGGUCCAGUUCUACAGGAGAUACCCCAUGGUCACCAACUUGGUCGAUUGCGCGCUCUACAUCGGUGGAAAGCCUUUCGAGUACUUCCUCGGUGUUGCCUUCAUCUUCAAUCUGGUUCUUAUCUGCGCCAGUGCGAACAUUACGAUGUCGGUCGCGCUCAACACGCUUUCGUCUCACGCCAUCUGCACGGUUGCUUUUAUGGCCAUUCCCCACAUCGCCUGUUGGUUGCUGUGCUUACCACGGAAGCUUACGUUUGCGGCUGCCAUGAGCUGGAUUUGCACGAUCUCCAUUGUUGCCGCGGUUCUCAUCGUCAUGGUCGCCCUCGGUGUCGCAGGACCAAAAGCGCCCCCGGGCUUCGACGUCAAGAUCACCCUCGUCGGCAAGCCAACUUUCGUUGAAACCGUCAACGCCCUCCUUAACAUCGCCUUCGCAUUCGCCGGCAACCAGUCCUUCAUGUCCGUCAUGGCCGAAAUGCGCAACCCGCAGAAAGAGUUCCCGCCCGCGCUCUUCAUGCAGAAAUCCUUCGAGGUCGUCAUCUACAUUGUCGUCGCAUGCGUCAUCUACGGCCUCGCCGGCGACGCCGUCACAUCCCCAGCGCUCGGCUCCGCACCUACCAUCCCAGCCAAGAUCGCCUACGGUAUCCUCAUCCCCUCUGUCCUCGGCACAGGCCUCGUAAUCGGUAUCACGGCAAUCAAAUACAUGUACAUCGCCAUCAUGCGCAAAGUCAAGCCCGACCAGGUCAACGUGCACAACGGCUUCACAUGGACACUUUGGGUCGGGCUGGGCACACUAUUCUGGAUUGUCUCGUUCGUCAUCUCGAACGCGAUCCCUAUUUUCUCGUCUAUUCUGAACAUCAGCUCUGCGAUCUUCAUCUCGUGGUUCACGUUCGGAUUGACAAGUGUUAUGUGGCUGCAUCUUAACUGGGGUCAGCAGUGGAGCGGGCCGAGGAAGAUUGCACUAGCUUGCUUGAACUACGCCAUUUUGUUGAUGACGCUGUUUUUGAAUGUUGGAGGUCUUUACACGUCUUUGAAGGCACUCAUUGAUAUCUUCAAUGAUCCUAACUCGACGCUGAACGGGCCGUUUACGUGUGCGGAUAAUAGUAUCUUUUAGGUAGCCUUUAUUGGCAUAACAGCGAU